AUGCAACACACUGUCUCCCGGCUCUGUAUUACGAGCAGUUUCUCCGCCAGUCAGCAGCUGGAGAAAGUUGUUAGCGAGCGCUUGUCCUGCUCGGCGCAGUCGAAGCUCUCCAGCAAGGCGCAGUGCGUCCCUGCGGACAACAGCUUGGCGACUGAUUGCGUGGAUCCGGCAGCUGUCCUUACCUUCCCCCUGAGCAGCAGCUGCAAGAAACAGGUGUCAUCCGGGUCAGAAUCUCGCACCGACUCCUCUGAUGAUGAAGAGAUUGAUGUUGUGACGGUGGAACAUAAGCAGAACAAGUCACGUUUGGUGAACGCCCGUAAACCGGUGACCAUCACGGUUCGUGCAGACCCCUAUGACCCUUGCAUGAAGCGUUUCCACAUCUCCAUUCACCAGCAGCAGCACAACUAUGCUGCCCGCUCUCCUGACAGCUAUCCUGAAGAGGAGCCGCCUCGCAAGAAGAUCAGGCAAGAGACCUUGCAGCCACGAUUGGGUUCCACACCCCAAACCCCAGAAAGAAAAACCCCCUUACCUUCCCCCUCAGUCCCCACCCCAUCCUGUAGUGGUGUACAGGACAUUGUGUAA